GAACUGUUCCUUUUGCUUGCGUUUAUUACAUGACUUAUGAAAUACUUCAGGAAAUGGUGUGGAGAAAGCCUCGAUUUAUGUUAUCUCCUACGGAAAACUUCUUCAAUGGAUGUUUGGCUGCUGCAGUUGCACAAACUGCUUCUUAUCCCUUUGAUACUAUUAGAAAGAAACUACAAGCCCAAAGCAAAGUUUUACCUGGUAACGGCGGUUGUGAUGUGCGGUUCCACUCGUUGACUAUGGGAUUUCGUGUUAUAAUAGAUCGUCAUGGUAUUGUAGGCCUAUGGAGAGGACUGACAGCAAAUCUUUUGAAGGUUGUUCCUUACCACGGUUUGAUGUUUGCAACUUUUGAAGCACUGAGACGUUUUUACCUGUAUGAGAAUGGUUAUACAAGAUCUGCACUGGAUGACUCGCCUAAACCUGGAACUUGACUACUGGUGCUUGGGAUUGUAGCUGACAAAUGAAACUCUUUCAUUGAUGUACAAUAGAUGCUUUACUGCCAGUUUCCUUUUUCUGCAAUAAAAAUUUCAGAUAC